CCGUAUUUAGGUUCAGCUUCUGGGGAUUGCCGGACUCAGGCACCGCCUUCAACCUGCGUUUCGUUCGUUCGCAGUUUCACUAAAUGUCUAGAUACACUCAGAUACCAGCUCAUCCAUCAGAGGAGAGAUGGAGGCCGCUUUUGAAGGCUCAGAUGAUGAGGCUGACGAGGGUGUAAACGAUGUCUCGAGACCUCUUAUUCAGCCGCAUCAGCAUCAAGACUCUCAAUCCCACCCUCUACAGACGAGCUCAAACGAUCCUUUUCAUACGCCUUCGCUUCAUUCUUCAACUCGUUCUCUUCCCGGAGGCUAUAAUUUCGAAUACGAUUAUGCCAACAUGCCACCUCCCGGAUCGCCACCUCGGCCAUCUGCGCUUGCGCUGCCAAACUCGUACGGCAACACGAAUGGCCUAUUACCGACGGAUCCUCCAGCUCGUCCAACGAUUAGCCGGCCUGGUUUAUUCCGAAGGGCACUCGGCGCCGUCCUGCCUACACACUAUGCGCAUGAUACUCAUGGUGGAGGCCUCGGCAAUGAUGGAGUAUUCGGCAACGGUGAACUUGGUGUAUCCGCUGAUGAUCCACACUGGUCUCCUGAAGAUGCUCGGAAAGACGCGCCACCGUCUUACCAGACGGCGCAAGCGGACGCAGUUCCUCCGUAUUGGGAAAAUACUAUCCUUGCACCCAGUGGCCCAAUGGACGGUGAUAUGAUCAUUGACGGUCUUCCUGUCGGGAGUGUGUUCUCCUUCAUGUGGAAUCUCCUUGUCUCGGUGUCGUUCCAAUUCGUUGGCUUCCUUCUCACGUUCCUCCUUCACACCACACAUGCAGCCAAGUUUGGGAGUAGAGCCGGCCUUGGUAUCACGUUCAUUCAGUAUGGUUUUUAUAUGAGGAGUUCAGACGCUGUCGUCCCCGUGGCUGGCGAUGACCCAAUCACUGCUUCUUGGGGUGGCCCAGGAAGUGAAACGACUUCAUCCUCUGUCCGGAGUAUCCUUCCCCGGUUAUUGAGCAUCGCCAGCACUAUCCCUCCGCCCGGCGCAAACAUCACGUCAGUAGUUCAUGAUCUGAGCGAACCGAAUGGGGGGGAGAUUUCUUUUACUCCCAAUGACUGGUUCUCCUUCAUGAUGAUGACGCUAGGAUGGUUCAUUCUCAUCACUUCGUUCCUCGGGUUUUGGCGGGUUAGGCGAUGGGAGUGGAACGUUCAACGGAGCACAAUGGUUGAGAGGGAAGCUACGCCCGAGGAUCUGGUGCAACAUUCUCAAGUAUUGAGGACCCUCGAGCACGCGUUUGGGAUGGGUGCUUAUAGUCUAAGCCCUUAUCAACCACACGAGCACCAGCGAGACGUUGAAGCGACUGUCCCUCGUACGUCUCUCCCCGAACCGAUUUCAGAUGGGAGCGAUGACGUGAACUCUGCAGCCGAGGACAGCAAUCAGGGACGCCAUGUGCGAUUUUUGUUUGGACGGUGAUUGGGCAUCCUGUUUCAACGCUUUUUCGCUUAUGCCAGUGUUUUGCUCGGUCUUCCAUUACUUACAUUCUAGCUUCCCAUAUUCUUUGCC